GAACGUACCCAGAUCAAAUCCCCUCACCCUAGCACUCCGUCGUCUCUCUCCCGUACGCGGCAGGGACGGCCGGCCGGCGAGCUCCCCCCCCCCCCCCCCCCCCCCCCCGCGCUCUCCCUUGCGGCGGCCCUGGACGGGCUCCUGCUCCCGCCGCCUGCGCUGAUCUCCCGCGACCGCGAGCAGGGGCGCUGCCGUCCUUCAUCCUCACCGGAUCCCGAGGCAGAUACAUUGGAGUUUGGAGUUGGGUUGGAUAUUUCUGGUUUGAACAGACUAUAUAAUUAGAACAAUGCCUCCACAUAAGAUAGAGACAGGGCACAAGGAUGUGGUUCAUGAUAUCGCCAUGGAUUACUAUGGCAAGCGCAUGGCUACAGCCUCCUCUGAUAACACAAUAAAGAUCAUUGGUGUAAGCGGCAAUUCACACCAGCAGCUUGCUACUUUGAGUGGACAUCAGGGCCCUGUCUGGCAGGUUGCAUGGGCUCAUCCUAAAUAUGGCUCCUUGCUAGCGUCUUGCAGCUAUGAUGGGAGGGUUAUCAUAUGGAAAGAAGGGAGCAAGCCGGAUGAAUGGGCGCAGGCACACACUUUUAUUGAGCACAAGUCCUCUGUCAAUUCCAUUGCUUGGGCAGCUCAUGAGCUCGGGCUGUGCCUGGCUUGUGGUUCAUCUGACGGGAACAUUUCAGUCUUCACUGCUCGUUCGGACGGUGUGUGGGAUACAACACGCAUCGAUCAGGCUCACCCAGUAGGCGUCACCUCUGUCUCUUGGGCUCCUGCAAUGGCGCCGGGUGCUCUAAUCAAUUCAGGGCCUUCUGGCCAGUUUGAAUAUGUUCAGAAACUUGCCUCUGGUGGUUGUGACAAUACAGUCAAGGUAUGGAAGCUGUACAACGGGAGUUGGAGGCUGGACUGCUUUCCAGCCCUUCAGAUGCACAAGGACUGGGUGAGAGAUGUUGCCUGGGCACCAAAUCUAGGCCUUCCAAAGUCCACUAUUGCCAGUGCUUCCCAGGAUGGAACGGUCGUUAUCUGGACAGCACCGAAAGAAGGCGAGCAGUGGGAAGGCCAGGUUCUCUAUGAUUUCCAAACACCUGUGUGGAGACUCUCCUGGUCAUUGACUGGAAAUAUACUGGCGGUAUCUGAUGGUAAUAACAAUGUAACCCUAUGGAAAGAAGCUGUGGAUGGCGAAUGGCAGCAAGUGACCACUGUUGAGCCUUAGGUGUUUACAGUUGUUCUUCCCUUGUCUGCUUGGCUAUAAAUUUAUAACAUAUGCACUCAUCUUGCUAGCCUAUGGCACUGCUCACAAAUAUGUCUCUCUGUAGUAAUUUUUUUUUUCUGCUUGCAUAGCAAUUGGCAAGGCACAAGUAGAGACAUCUUCUGUUGCGCGCCUGCUUCCUUGUAUGAUGUUCCCUUCUGUGCCUUAUGUUUUCCAUUAUUUAUGGCGCUCACUUGAGUGCAGAAACUUUGCUAUCCUGUGACUUUAAUGCUGCCUGUAAUCGAUCAUGAUCUGUCAUUAUUCUUAGCAGAAAAAGCAGAAAUAUACAGUGUUCAUGUGAUUUUUCUGUAUUCUG